GCGCGAGAGAGAGACAGCCCGCCUACGUGGUCACGUGAGAUCUGGGCUGCGUCACGUGACGGGGAAGGGGCCACAGCGGAGGCCCUGCAGCUGAGGAAGCGGAGAUCGCCGCCAUGCUCUCUCGGCUGCUGAGGGAACACCAGGCGAAGCAGGGCGAGAGGAAAGAGCUGCAAGAACGGCGGCGACGGGAGGCCAUUGCUGCAGCCACUUGCGUAACAGAAGCUUUGGUUGACCACUUGAAUGUAGGUCCUUUAAAAGUGGAAUUGGGAAGAGGCUCACUCAGCACCCCCAGGCUGCAGGGAGGCCCAAGCAGGGUUGCACAAGCCUAUGUAAACCAAAGGAAGCUUGACCAUGAAGUGAAGACACUGCAGAUCCAGGCGGCUCAGUUUGCCAAGCAGACAGGCCAGUGGAUCAGCAUGGUGGAAAACUUCAACCAGGCUUUGAAGUUGCCCCUUCUUGAGGAAUCUUUGCAAGGACGAAAUUGGUGACGUGGAAAACUGGGCUCGUAGCAUUGAGAUGGAUAUGCGGACCAUUGCCACUGCACUGGAGUAUGUUUACAAGGGGCAGCUGCAGCCUUCCACCUCUUGAAUGCACACCUGCCUGCCAGUCCUUGGUACCUGCAGAGCUUGGGUUCCUUCUCCCAUUCUCUUUUGAUAGCCAAUGGCAGUGAAGUGGCAAGCUGUAUAUCUGCAAACUAUUGCUACGUAUCUUUGGCUAUGUUGUAGAGUAGGGAAAGAGAUCCCUCCUCUACUGCCUCAAUUGCUGUGGGGAUGUGGUUGUGUUUCUUCUGCGCAAGUGAGGUAAUGCCUUGUUUCUGGGGAAACAAAAACAAGAGCUGGAUGGAGUGAGGCGAAAACAGUAUUCACAUUGCACUGAAAGAUGAAGGGCUUGGCUCUUCUGGGUACGUUUGUAUUGAUCUUUGCUGUAAAGUUGGAAAUAAUGGAAUAAAAACAGACUGUUUGAACACAC